UUCGCGGGAGCCAUCCCUAGUUGUUAGGUCUAUAUAGAGUCUCUGAAUAUAUAUAUUUUUUUAAAGAAAGCAAUUAGAAUAACAGAAUUUACUUUACUUUUCUAUCAUAUUGUGCUCCACACUCCAAUCCAGUAGGUGGCGGGAAUGUACAAUUUAAAAUUUGCCAGCCGCCAUUAAAUACUGAAAGAAGAAGACAGUGUUGUGUCUUUUAUCGGAUUUUAUUUCUCUCUGGGAAGAACUCGCUGUGUAUUUUAAGGCAAUGGCUGAUGAAGAACUGGAGGGCAUUAGACGGCAGCGCAUGGCCGAACUGCAGCAGAAACAUGGGGACUCUUCCAAUGACCAGCAAGGGCAGCAAGAGGCCAAACAAAGGGAGAAUGAUAUGAGAAACACUAUACUGGCUCAAGUCUUAGAUCAGUCUGCCCGUGCCAGGUUGAGUAAUUUAGCUCUUGUAAAGCCAGAUAAAGCAAAAGCUGUGGAAAAUUACCUGAUACAGAUGGCUCGCUUUGGACAGCUUGGAGGAAAGAUUACAGAAGCUGGUUUAAUAGAGAUCCUUGAAAAAGUCAGUCAACAGACAGAGAAGAAGACAACUGUAAAGUUUAACCGGCGGCGAGUAAUGGACUCGGAUGAAGAGGAUGAUGAUUGAUAUGAAGGUUUCAUGAGUCAACUGGGCUUUUUGUACUUUUGGGCAAGUACUCUGGUCUGCCUACUGAUCAGAGCAUAAUCCCGACACCAUCUCAGCCAAAGAACUUUGAUCUUUGGCUGUACAGAAACUCUUUAUUUAAAUAUUUUCUCCAAUUUCACAAAAAUUUUGCUCAGAGGAUUUCAGCUCUAGACCUCGAGAUGCACUUUCAUGCAGAGUUUAGCCCUAACCAUGAUCAAACUUUCCUGCCUGUGACUUUAAAGUGUUUCUGAAGACCUUGAUUAUCUUGUUCAGAUGUGUAUGAUCAGGGUUGGAGCUAAACUAAGUAGGAAAGUGGAUCUCGAGAGCCAGAUCCACUGGUUUAGCUGAUUCUCUUUAUUUUUCUUUGCCUCGAAACACAGGAUUGUAGUAAUGCAGCUACAUUUUACUGACUUUUGUGAGCAUACAGAGGACGUUUCUGAAUUGUUAUUGCAAUAAUUGGAACUGGCAACCGUUUUAUUUUUUUUUCUUGUGGAGACAUCUAAGGGUUUACAUAAUAAAAGCCUUAAACGAAA